UUCAAACCAAUCAAUUUCAAUCCUUGGCAUUGUGUUAUGGAUUUCUUUAAUAUUGCCAACUUAACUUGAUUUUCAUUUGUAAGCAUAAAUGAAGUGGAGCGCAAUGUAGUUACCAUUUAAAAUCUAUAUAAACCUCUCUCAAAUUUCUUUCUAUAUAUAUAUCAAUCUUCUAAGUCUUGCAGCAAACAAAAGAAAAAGGAAAGGAAAGGAAAAUGGAGAAAAGAGGAGUCUCACUGAUCUUGAUGGUCUGUUUGGUGAUGAGCACUCUAGUAGAGCAAUCCAGAGCUCAAGGUGGAAUUGUGAUCCCCAUAGGAAUCUGCUUUGGGGCCUGCUUUGUUCCAUGCGUUCUUCAAUCUGGAACAACAGCUGCCUCUUGCGCUAUCGAUUGCAUUAAGAACUGUCUCUCCAAAUCUACUGCGGGCGGUGUCAAAGACACCCAAUACUUCUGCAACCUUGGUUGUUCUACCGCCUUGUGCUCAAGUUUCAGCACCAAAGAAAACCCUGCUGCAAAGAAAGUUGGAAGCUGUAUGGAAUCUUGCUCAGCAACAUGCGCCAAGAAGAACUGAUCAAUUCCCAUAUAAGAGAUCGUUCAUGAAUGAAUAAAGAACAUGGCCUGUUCAGUGAUUUGGGAUUUAAUCCCAAUUAAUGUAUUUAAAAUAAUGACUGUAUGUAUGUCAAAAUCCUUAGCUGCUGCUACUCAUUCUCUCAAUGUGGGAAUGAAUUAAUGACGCUUCUUAAAUAUUUUGGUUAAUAUGAAUGUAAAAUAUUUGG